UGUGAUUUUCACCAUUUUCGCAAUAUUAAAUUUCACUGAAAAGAUGAGUGAUGAAAAUGUAACAAUUAUGGAAAAAGCUCUCGAUGUUCUGAUAAUUCAGGGAUUUUUUCAAACUCUUCUUAAAAAUUUCGGAGGGACCCCUUUUCGGAAGAAUUUUGAAGCUCUCGUGGAUUGGCUUGAAGAGCUGCACGUUGGUAAAUAUGAAAAUCGAAGUGUCCAAGAAAUCUUUGAUGAUGAAUUGACUAAAGCUCUAAAGUACUGCAAAAUCUUUACAUGGGCUUGUUUGGCACUGUGCUCCUUAAGUACUAUCACGUUUUUAAUAAAAUUCGUCCUUAACGAUACCAUCGUAAUAUUGAUUCCGUAUUUGGAGCCCAGCAUCAAUAUGAUCUUCUACCAAAUUCUCCAGUUUGUUUGCUUCUUAAUUCUAACUGGUUGGAUAAUAACGUCAGACCUUUCAAUCGUCUUCAUAGAAUUCUACGUUAUUUCUUUUAUGAAGAGUAUCAACAGAAUGAUUACAAGUUUAUCAGAUCUAAGUCAGGAGAAGAAGAAAUAUUCACACAACUUACUACAAAUACUAGAAAAACACGUUGAAAUGUUGAGGAUUCUCAGAACCUUCAAUGAGGCCGUUAAGUUAAUAUCUUUGGUUCAGUUGUUUAUGAGUAUUCUUCUGCUCCUCUCUAUUUUCUUAUCUAUUCAAGCAAAUAACGAAGAGAUCGGCAUGUAUAUAACAUUCGCAAGUAUCACGCUAACAUUGGCAAUGCUCUGUGUCUUUGGUCAGAUGAUCCAAACCCAGACAAUGGAUAUUUUUGAUAAUCUCUACCAAACAAACUGGUACGACUUCACACUGUACGAUCAGACAAUUCUUCUUCUCAUGAUGACCAACUCUUGCAAAGCAAUUGGACUGAAGGCAGCGGGCAUGUACGACGUUAACUUGACGUCAUUUGUUGAAAUAUUGAAAAUAUCCUUUUCCUAUUCAGUCAUAGUUCUAACCUUCGCUGGAAAGUGA